CAAUCCCGAGCUGCUUUUGUCUCUUUGCUCAACAGCCAACGUUUAUAACGUGAAAGACCAGUGAGUCCUUAGCGGCCAGCAAGCAGCCGGAGUUACCCGGUUUUCUUUUAGCUAUCCGGUAAUGCUGGGUAUUAUAUUUGCUCAGUAAAUAAAAAACGUCUUUCAAGUUAAGUAAAAAUGGCGAAAAAGCAAACAGAAAUACAGGGUAUAGAGAGCAUUGCGACAGACACUUUAAAAGAAGAGGAAACCAAUACGAAGGAGGGAUAUAUCCCAAAAGGUACCAGGCCUGUCUAAUUCUGGCAGGGGCUCUGCUCGCAUGUCACUUCUCCUUCUGGUCUCCAUAUUCUCCUGUGCUGCCUGUAUCAUGUACCUGGUGUAUAGAAAUUUCCCGCACAUGAGCAAUGAAGAGUGGGAAAAAAUGAAAAUUCCCAAAGACAUGAACGAUGCCAAGGCCUUGGGCACAGUUCUGUCCAAGUACAAGGACACUUACUACACUCAAGUAUUGGUAGCCUAUUUCGCCACAUAUCUCUUCCUCCAGACCUUUGCCAUCCCUGGCUCCAUCUUUCUCAGCAUCCUGUCAGGCUAUCUUUACCCCUUCCCACUAGCAUUGUUCCUGGUUUGCUUGUGCUCUGGGCUUGGAGCCUCUUUCUGCUAUAUGCUCUCCUACUUGGUGGGCAGGCCGGUGGUCUAUAAAUACCUGACGGAGAAGGCAGAGAAGUGGUCUAAGCAGGUAGACAACCACAGAGAGCAUCUUAUUAAUUACAUCAUAUUCCUGAGGAUCACUCCCUUCCUUCCCAACUGGUUUAUCAAUAUCACAUCCCCCGUCAUUAAUGUGCCUUUAGGGCUCUUUUUCCUUGGCACAUUCUUAGGAGUGGCUCCUCCAUCCUUUGUGGCCAUCAAUGCCGGGACCACGCUGUACAAGCUGACGACUGCAGGGGAGGCUGUCUCCUGGAACUCUCUGCUGCUGCUGGCCGCACUGGCCCUGCUCGCCAUCUUGCCUGUGUGCUUCCAGAAGAAGUUGCAAAAGAAACUAGAGUAGUCGGUCCUUGUUUGAGGUUCAGAGCACGUUUUCUGAAGGUUUUCUGUCCCUCACCGACCUCACAUGCCAGAUGUGGUCGCCGGGCUCCCAGCUCACAGGUCCACAGUGCACUAACAUAGCUAUUUUCACGACAAAGGCGGCCACUACCUCAAGUCUCCAUGCAAAUUAAUCUGCUUUUUCCAUAGCCCAAGGUUUUAUCCAUUAUUUUUAUUAAUCUAGAUUGGAACAGUGUGUUUCAAUUGUGGGAGACAAAAAAAAAAAACUUUUAAUAGUUCAAUUUCCCUUUUGUUCUAUGGAAUUUUAAUAAUACUCGGUGACUAAGCAAAGCACCUCCUGGGCGAUCUUAUCCGCAAAGGGCCGGUGUGUGUGCGGGUUUUUGGGAUAACCUUUAGGUCAACUGUCGAAACCCAGGUGAGGACUCCUCAGCUAAUCAGUCGUCUAAUUAGUAAUCUAAUUAUGGAGUUGCAGUGAAAACCCGCAUACACACUGGUCCUUUGCGGAUAAGAUUGGCCACCCCCGUCCUACAGGCUACUGAUUUUUUAAAAAUGUUUAUUCUGUGAAGUAACAGGUGCUUCAUUGGAAGCUGUGCCUUAAAAUGUGUGCUACACUGGAUAAAUAUGAAUGUUACUAUAACAUGCGUCUGCUAAUGUUGCAUAUUAAUUUUUUGUCAAAUUUAUUUAUUUUGAGGUACAACAGUAAAAAUAUAUAAUUACAAUUGCUUAA